ACAGCCUGCCACGCCUUUGAGAACACUUGCCAUCCAGUAGUCGUCUGGCCUACGGUGACUGAGUUCUACCCGGAGAUGCAGGAGUGUGUCGGUCGAUCUAAAGAAGCCAUACAGAAAUGUCCUAAACUCACUACUUUGCCACGUUUCAGGACCGUGCACCUCGAAAAUGUUGUAGGGGACUGGUGGGACAUAUCCGGUGAUGAGACGAGGUUAGAUUCGUUCCUGAGUUGGCUCCGGUUCUGUCCCGAAACACGCAUAGCGGUGGUGUGCCAUUGGGGAUUUAUAAUG